AUGCCAGCGCCAAAGAGGCCCGAAAAGGAACCGUCCGCCGAUGUCCGCACGAUGCGGCACGGGCUCUGGUCAACGUUGCGGCACCAGUCUCCCGAGCCGUCACCCGACUCGAAGAGGGCGUUUGGCACGUUGGAGCUGCCGGGUGGGCCUGCUACCGUCGGGUCCGUCGCGAUGGACGUGACUGUCGUGACGCUCGUCACCGUCGACGUGCUGACCGACACGGGACAGGUCGUCGUCUGUGGCAUGGGCGUCGUUGUGGGCGUCGUGGUAGGCGUCACCGUCGUCGUACUCGGUCUCAGGCACGCGCAGGCGCUGGAUACCCUAGCUGCGCUACCACCGCACCCCGACGCGUAG